UCGUAUGGCCACAAGACUGAAAACCGAAAAUACUUCCAAAAACUUCCAAGAAACCGGAAAACGAAAGCUGUUUUCACUUGCUUGUACCUCCUCUUCUCUCUAAACCACAUCCAUGGCUUCCCUUCUCGCCAGCGGUAUUUCGAGCUUCUCUCCUCAACCCAAUACAGACCCAACCAAAAUCCCCAAAGGGUUUUGUCCAAAACUCGGAUUCCUAAAUUCUCCAAACCCUAAUUUCAAGCUCUUCAAGGUCAGAGCAGACGUUGGGUACCAACCCAAAACCCUCGAUCCUGAGCUUCCAAAUCCAGGUAAGCUUUCCAAUAAGGAAGACCCACUUAAGAAAUUCCUUGAUCGCGAUUACAAAUGGGGGUUUAACGAAAAAAUCGAAUCUUUUACGAUUCCGAAAGGGCUUUCGGAAGAAACCAUCCAAUUGAUUUCGUCGCGAAAGAAUGAACCCGAUUGGAUGCUUGAAUUCAGAUUGAAUUCAUAUCAUAAGUUUCUUAGAAUGAGUGAACCAAAGUGGUCAGACAAUAGGUACCCCAAGAUUGAUUUUCAGGAUGUGUGUUAUUACUCGGAACCGAAGUCGAAGCCGACUCUUAACAGCCUCGACGAGGCUGAUCCUGAGCUUGUUAGGUACUUUGAUAAACUGGGUAUUCCGUUGAAUGAAAAGAAUCGAUUGGCUAAUGUGGCCGUUGAUGCUGUUCUCGAUAGCGUAUCUAUCGCCACGACUCAUAGGAAGACGUUAGAGAAAUCCGGGGUGAUAUUUUGUUCGAUUUCGGAAGCUAUUAGGGAAUACCCAGAUUUAGUCAAGAAGUAUUUAGGCAGAGUUGUUCCACCUGAUGAUAAUUACUAUGCUGCUUUGAAUUCAGCUGUGUUUAGUGAUGGGUCGUUUUGUUACAUACCUAAGGAUACCAAGUGCCCUAUGCAAAUUUCAACUUAUUUUCGUAUAAAUGCGCUGGAAACCGGGCAAUUUGAGAGGACACUUAUAGUUGCGGAGGAUAGGAGUUUCGUGGAGUAUUUGGAAGGGUGCACGGCGCCUUCUUAUGAUAAGAACCAGCUUCAUGCUGCAGUGGUCGAGUUGUACUGUGCUGAGGGUGCAGAGAUAAAGUACUCCACGGUGCAGAAUUGGUAUGCUGGGGAUGAGGAAGGUAGAGGAGGGAUUUACAACUUUGUCACAAAGCGGGGUCUUUGUGCUGGGGCUAGGUCAAAGAUAUCGUGGACCCAAGUGGAGACUGGGUCUGCCAUCACUUGGAAGUAUCCGAGUGUUAUUUUGGAGGGUGAUGAUACGGUUGGGGAAUUCUAUUCCGUGGCAUUGACCAAUAAUUAUCAGCAGGCGGAUACUGGGACAAAGAUGAUUCAUAAGGGGAAGAAUACAAGGAGUAGGAUUAUUUCAAAGGGCAUUUCAGCUGGAAAUUCAAGGAACUGUUAUCGGGGACUUGUUCAGGUUCAGUCAAGGGCAGAUAAUGCUCGGAACUCUUCGCAGUGUGAUUCAAUGCUUAUUGGCGAUAAUGCAGCUGCCAAUACUUAUCCAUACAUCCAGGCAAAGAACCCCACAGCCCGCAUAGAGCAUGAAGCCAGCACCUCUAAAAUUGGGGAAGAUCAGCUAUUCUACUUCCAGCAGAGGGGAAUUGACUACGAGAGAGCCAUGGCAUCCAUGAUUUCCGGGUUUUGCAGGGACGUUUUCAAUGAGCUUCCCGAUGAGUUUGGCGCCGAAGUGAAUCAACUCAUGAGCUUGAAGCUGGAAGGGUCCGUUGGUUAGGGAGCUGUUUGGUGCAGUGAAUACAAAGUCUUUGUUCUUUUUGUUUGUAAUUGUAUAAACCUGAGCAAGAGUUUAACUGUCUGUGUUAGAGAUUGACACGAAAGGGAUGAUAUGUAUAUGGUACGCUAAUGUAUAGAGUUGUUUUCCACUGUUAAAAUUUCCAGAUUGAGCGCUUGAAAUUUCAAUAUUAAUAUUAGUAGGUUUUUUUUU